UCUGAACAUAACUAUAUAAAAUGAGUUUCACAAAAAUUAGUACAAUAUCUGUGUCACGCGCAGAGAUGAAGAUAACGACUUUAAUUUUUAUCACAUUUUCCUUAGUUACGGCUCACAUAACUAAGGAUGGAUUUAAAAUUUUACCUACUCGCAAAGCAGCUCAUAGAGGACUCAAUCAGUUUGUAUCCUCUGAGGAUGCAAGAAUCGUAGGAGGGAAUGAAGCUGUACCAAACUCUUUACCAUAUCAAGCUGCUUUGAGAAUAUUUUACGAUGAAUGGACGGGUUUAUGUGGCGGAUCUCUCAUCACCAAGAGAUACGUGUUAACAGCUGCCCACUGCUUAGAUGAUAGGCAGUUGUUGUUAGAAGUAGUUCUGGGAGCACAUAAGUACCGUGAAAUUGAACUUACCCAGCAAAGGAUUAACACAUCCACGUUCAAAUUCCAUGAACAGUUUAAUAAUGAUUCACUAGAUAAUGACUUAGGCGUAGUCUAUCUUCCAACACCAGCAAAAAUCAAUCAAUACGUUCAACUGAUCGCACUGCCCAGUAGAGCUGACGUUUCGAAUAAUUUGGUGGGACGUGAGGCAAUAACAAGUGGCUGGGGAGACGAUAAUGAUCCUGCCACCGAUGGCAAAGAAGUAUUGCGAUACAUCAAUGUUCGUAUUAUAAAAAACGAAGUGUGUAAUGAGACGUUCCAGGAUCUUCCAGAUUCAGUUAUUUGUACUGCAGGAACGGGCAAAAAAGGGGUGUGCUUUGGAGAUUCAGGCGGACCACUUGUGGCCAAUAGAAAAUUGGUUGGGGUAACAUCAUUUAAAGGUUAUAAUGAUUGUGACGCUGGGGAUCCAUCUGGCUUUUCGAGGGUAACAUCAUUUUUAGAUUGGAUUGAAGCAAACACCGAUGCUGUUAUUGCUUAAACGUUCUUAAGUACUGAUGGUAAGAAGUACUUAUAGCUAUACAAAAAAAAAUAAUAAUAGCGAAUUGGUUUCCGUAACGUAUCCCAAAAGAUGAGAGUGAGGUUCUUCGUCAUCAGUCCGUCUUCAGUUGCUCAAAGUUAACCAGCGAAAACUGAGAAGGCUGGAAGAUAAUAGUCCUAUCUAAUAUAAAUACGAAUGUGAGUUUUUUGUUUGUUUGCUUUUCACCCUUUACUAUUCCACCGAUCACCAAGAAAUUUUGUACACACAUUGCCAGGGCUACAGAAAAGCACAUAAGAUACUUUUUAUCCAGAAAAAAUAUUGUUUCC